UUCUCGGCCGCCAGCCAUUCCUGUGGAGGACUGCGGGCCGUUCGGACGUUUUGCCUGUCGCUGUAGGAGAGAUCCCGUCUCUCCGGGAAGGCGGCUACGGCGGCAAAAUGAAGAUCUUUGUGGGCAAUGUCGAUGGGGCGGAUACGACGCCGGAGGAGCUGGCAGCCCUCUUCGCGCCCUACGGCACGGUCAUGAGCUGCGCCGUCAUGAAACAGUUUGCCUUCGUGCACAUGCGCGAGAGCGCUGGCGCGGUGCGCGCCAUCGAGGCCCUGCAUGGCCACGAGCUGCGUCCCGGUCGCGCGCUCGUGGUGGAGAUGUCGCGCCCAAGGCCCUUGAACACUUGGAAGAUUUUCGUGGGCAAUGUGUCGGCUGCAUGCACAAGCCAGGAGUUGCGCAGCCUCUUCGAGCGCCGUGGACGCGUCAUCGAGUGUGACGUGGUAAAAGACUACGCGUUUGUUCACAUGGAGAAGGAAGCAGAUGCCAAAGCCGCCAUCGCGCAGCUCAACGGCAAAGAAGUGAAGGGCAAGCGCAUCAACGUGGAACUCUCAACCAAGGGGCAGAAGAAGGGGCCUGCCCUGGCUAUCCAGUCUGGGGACAAGACCAAGAAACCAGGGGCUGGGGAUACAGCAUUCCCUGGAACUGGUGGCUUCUCUGCCACCUUCGACUACCAACAGGCUUUUGGCAACAGCACUGGUGGCUUUGAUGGGCAAGCCCGUCAGCCCACACCGCCAUUCUUUGGUCGCGACCGCAGCCCCCUGCGCCGUUCACCUCCUCGAGCCUCUUAUGUGGCUCCUCUGACGGCCCAGCCAGCCACCUACCGGGCCCAACCCUCAGUGUCGCUGGGAGCUGCCUAUAGGGCCCAGCCUUCUGCCUCUUUGGGUGUUGGUUAUCGGACUCAGCCCAUGACAGCCCAGGCAGCCUCUUACCGUGCUCAGCCCUCUGUCUCCCUUGGGGCCCCAUACAGGGGUCAGCUGGCCAGCCCUAGUUCCCAGUCUGCUGCUGCAGCUUCCUCACUUGGCCCAUAUGGUGGAGCCCAGCCCUCAGCCUCAGCCCUUUCCACUUAUGGGGGUCAGGCAGCUGCAGCUUCUUCGCUUAACUCCUAUGGGGCUCAGGGAUCCUCCCUUGCCUCCUAUGGUAGCCAGCCAUCCUCUUAUGGCGCCCAAGCUGCCUCUUCCUAUGGGGUUCGUGCAGCAGCUUCUUCCUACAACACACAGGGAGCAGCUUCUUCCCUAGGUUCCUAUGGGGCUCAGGCAGCCACCUAUGGUGCCCAGUCUGCAGCCACCUCACUAGCUUAUGGAGCCCAGGCAGCCUCUUACAGUGCCCAGCCCUCAGCCUCUUACAGUGCCCAGUCUGCCCCAUAUGCUGCACAACAGGCUGCUUCCUAUUCUUCCCAGCCUGCUGCUUAUGUGGCACAGCCAGCCACAGCUGCUGCCUAUGCUAGCCAGCCAGCUGCCUAUGCUGCACAAGCCACUACCCCAAUGGCUGGUUCCUACGGGGCUCAACCAGUUGUUCAGACCCAGCUGAAUAGUUACGGGGCUCAAGCAUCGAUGGGCCUGUCAGGCUCAUAUGGAGCUCAGUCUGCUGCUGCGGCCACUGGCUCCUAUGGUGCAGCAGCUGCCUAUGGGGCUCAGCCUUCUGCCACCCUGGCAGCUCCUUACCGCACUCAGUCGUCAGCCUCAUUGGCUGCUUCCUAUGCUGCUCAGCAGCAUCCCCAGGCUGCUGCCUCCUACCGUGGCCAGCCGGGCAGUGCCUACGAUGGGACAGGCCAGCCGUCAGCAGCCUACCUGUCUAUGUCCCAGGGGGCCGUUGCCAACGCCAACAGCACCCCGCCGCCCUAUGAGCGUACCCGCCUCUCCCCACCCCGGGCCAGCUACGACGAUCCCUACAAAAAGGCUGUCGCCAUGUCGAAAAGGUAAUUGGCGUUCGCGGUAACCAAUCAGGAAGAGGAUCUCCGGGAACGCCCGCCUUUUACUUUACCGAACGUCCAAUCCGGUGGUAGGUUCACGCCCCCUUUCUACCCAGAGUCACUGCUGUGGCCGCCGCCAUUUUAGCAUUUUAUCAGAACCGUCCGCGCUGCGAGGAGGACGGCCUGCAGAUUUCCAUGUGGUGAGAGACUCCGAGUCCUUCUGCUGUGUCCUUUGCUCUGUUAAACUUGCCUGACUCCCUUGGGCGUCGGGUUGUCCUAGUGGGGUCGCGGCCCGCGCACCGCCACUGAGCCGACCUCGGUCCUCGACUUUGUGCGGUAAGCCCGAAGCAGCCCUCCCCCGAGCCUCCACCCACCCCCCGGUCCCUGGAGUACCUUCCUUUUGCCCACUGUAUUCUCUACUUUGUUCGCUUUCCUAUUUUGGGGUUUCCGCCUAGAUGACGUUUAGAUUUCGACAUGAGAAUUUCUCGUGCCCCAGGGCAUUGUUGUUAACCAAUCUACAGCACCCAUCUUUCAGCAGGCGGUUUUUCUUUGUGUAGGAACUCCUUUGUAAUGAUGUGUCCCCCAAAAGGUUUCCCCUACUCGAGUGUUUUCUGUAUUUCCCAUGCUUUUUAUCUGGUUGAGAUUAUUCAAAGGAAAUUCCUGAACGUAGCUACUGCAAGGCCCACGUUUCCGGAAACGGUUGCUAAGAAAGGAAGAGCUAAUUAGCAAGUGUAGUAGUUCGAAUCCUGUUCGCUAAUGGUCAUCACAGUGGGCUGAAAUGCUCAGUAUAUGUAUUUUUUCAUUUAUACUCAAAACUUCCAGCCCUAUUUUUCCUCUUUGUCUGGGGGCAGGGGAUGAACACUCAGUGGCAGAGCACUUACCUAUAAUGUAUUGCGCUAUAAGUUUGAUGUCCAGAACCACAAAAUCCCUUUGUCUAACAAAAGACUGCCCUGUUAGAGACCUACCUCUUUAAUAAAAGUUCUUGGGAGGAGUAUAGCAGGUUCUCUUGUUGAACUCCCCCGUAGGUUACUGUUUGGAGAUGUGAGUGUGGGCACACCGGGAAGAGAUUUUUUUUUUAACUGUAUGCUAGAGUGGAAGGAGGUGUUAGUAGUGAUUUAAUUAAUCAUUUUUAAUAGUUGCUGUGAACUUAGGUCCUCCCUUAAAAAUUUUGUCUUUUUACUUGCAGGCUGU